AUAUAAGUAUGUGAAAUGUUAUUUAAGACUUGAAGCGCCUCGCGCAAAUCACUUCAUACUUGGUGUUCUUAGAGUGAAGACAUCCGAAUUCGGAAGAAAAACAAACAAAUAAAUUAUGAGAUAGAAAUUCCAAUUACGCUUUGAACUAGUGAUAGUGUUGCCGAGAAAAUAACAAUAAAUUGAGCUGAGAAAUAAAUAAACAAUCCAAUUAGUGCUGUCGAAAGGGAGAUUGAGAAAAAAUAUAAUAAGAAACUAAAACUGAAAUUUGAUCAUGUUAAGUAAUUUUUAAAAUACCGUUGAGUAAUUAAAUCUGAAAUUAUUACGCACAAGAGAGCAGUAAAAAGUGAAAGUCAAUCAGCACCAUGGCAUUUUUCAAUACGGUGCAAUAUUAUGCAAAACUUGCGAUGUUUUCAAUACACGCCGGCAUCGAGCUUUUUAUUCUAUUCUCGAUAUUGGCUCAAAUCAAUGGUCAUUCACUAAAGCGUGGUACCACCUUCUUGGACGACGACGCCACAGUACGCACCGAAAUUGUCGAUCGAAAUAAUCGCACCAUCUUGGCCAGGUUCAACUUGACCGUGGCACAAAUGAACAGCAUUAUGCAAAGCCAAAAUCCAAAUAACGAAGAUCGCGCUGGUCAAGACGACACACAACGCUUUCACGUAAUCAAAGAAUUUCGAAUCAAUGAUAUAAAGAACCGUCUUCAAUCGGCUUUCCAAGCAAGUAAUUCCGAUGAAAAUCAAGGUCAUCCUUUGCACGAAAUAGCAGCAUAUCCCAUAUGUAAUUCGGAAUCCACCGAAAGCUCUUGGAUGCAUGAUAACAAUGUAACAAUACGUUUCUCCGAUAGCCUAUUUGAGCCGAAACGUGACAAUUUAAAUCUAGACAGUGCCAUCCUUCGUCUAUAUAAAGUGAACCCAAACAACACAGACGACCCUAAUGAAUCGAAAAGCGAUGAAGAUAAAGGAUCAAAAAGUUGUGGAGACCCCAUAACGCUAACUCCGCAAAUACGUGUCACCGUUUCCAUUGUACGUCAAAUGCGCAGAAACAAACGAGAGCGGAAGAAGCACAUUUGCAACACAACAAUGAUGAAUAUUUCGAAAACUGGAUGGGUGGAGAUUGACAUCAAACGUGCCAUUUACAUAUGGGAGAGUGUUGAACGACAGCAGCAACUUCAAACUCGCCAACAACCGAUUCAAAUUGGAUGGCUGAUGAUCGAAGUUCACGACGAGGAGGAGAAUCCUCUCAAGCCCGGAUUGUUUUUCAAUCCACCAAAAUGUGAUCAGGCAGAAUUUGCAAUCCCGUGGAAUUACUACGGACCGCACACGUCUAUGUCUGCUUUUGCAGCGCAAGAAGUGCCAAGAUAUCCAAGAUUAGAUGUGAAGUUAGUAGGCAAUGCUUCAUUUGCACCAAAAAAUAUCAAAAAAGAAGUUCAUGACAAGCUUCGGAAUAAUCUACGACGCCAAUUAUUUAAUCACUCGAAAGCCUUUACCGAAAUUUUACUCACUGAUUUGCAGAACAGCACCACGGAGAUGACACCAACGGCUAAUAAUAUACUUGAUUUGGAAGCAGGUGCCGCAGAAACGGAUCCUACACACAGUGCAAAAAAGCGUCAAUCCGAGAAUUACAUUACUCAUCACUAUUUGCAUCGCACCCAUCACAAUCGUAACCACCGCCACAGUAAGCGUUACCUCCACGCUGAGGAUGAAAAGGAAAACAAACGGAAGAUUCAUACCGAGAAGGAAAGUCAACGCAUUAAAAUACAUAAUGGACCCAACAGUCACCGAGCCAAUCAUCGUGCUCAUAAAAACCGGCAACAGCAAACGCAAUCGCAUCCUAUAUAUUCUACAAAAGCUUCGCCGAUACAGUGAAAAUGUACUAAAAUAUAAACUCCUUAUAGGAAUAUUUACUUCAAUCACCGCAAGCGCUUAAAACAUUGCAUUCAACACGCACACCAACGAUUCGAAUUUGUGUGGAGAUCGUAGAAACUUUCUCAAUUGUUUAACGGCCGGAUAACUUAACUAGAAUUUAUUAUACUAUACAUACGUACAUACAUACUUACAUACAUACAAUCUUAUAUACAUAAAUGUAUAUAUACAUCGAUGCAUUAAUAAGUAAUUGUAGUAGCAAAGCAUUCAAAUACAAUACUCGUACAGUUCAUACACGCAUAAAAUACACAAAAAUAGGGCAAUUGAGUUACGUAAGACUCAUGGCGUGAAAAUUACAACUUCAGGAUCAGAAGGACUUACUCCAUACAGCAUUCAACAGAAGAUAUGUAUUUUCUCCAAUAUACGUACUCACAUACAUGCAUAUAUAUUGUACAUUACACACUUGUACGUAAAGCCUGAUAGUAGAAACAAUCACCAAGUUGUCCGUGACCUGUGACUGAUUGCCGUGUAACACACAAAAGUGGGCAAAGCUUAUACCCCUAGUGCCAAAGCAGAAAUCAGCUGUUUUCUUUCCUUUACAUACUCAUACAACGCAGCGAUAACAAAAGUUGAGCGCGCAGUUGGCAUACUCGUAUUUGCUUGGUUACAUCCCCCCAAUGUUGACAUUCGUCUGCAUGAACAAGUGAAACACUUCAAUGUAUUAAAUAAUAAAAAAACGAUGCUACGAACUCCUUUAUAUAUAAUCUACAUUACUAAAUCGCAAAUUUUAAUUUGGUUCAAAAAGUUGUAAUUUUUAUUAGUUUAUUCUCUUCAAAGACUUGAAACUGUAGGGUUUUCUUUUACAUGGCGCAUCCUCAAGUUUGAUUGUGACAGUUCGCAAGUCCGCUUAUGUGAAUGUUUCUACUAUUGCUUAUUAGUAAGAUAUAAGUUAAUAUUCCUUUUUUAGAGACUGUGAUUUAUGUAGCUUUGAUUUACAUUUUGUAUGUCUAAAAUAAGUUUUAUUCAUUUGAAAUUAAGAUAGUUUAGUUUUACUUUUAGAAGGUAUUUAAGGUAAAAAGCAAAAUAAAUGAAUAUCACGCGUAAAUAUUUAAGAAUCAUCCUCAUCAUAUUUACUGAUCGCUAUUUCCAAAAAAAAAAUUGACAAAAAAAUGAAUGUAAUUUUAAGGCUUAUAUAUGUAAGAGCUGGAGUUGUACCCGUUUUUCAAUAUGAUACAUCUAAUCUUAUAUAAAAGCACGUUACCUUUCCAUAAACUUUAAGUCCAUGACUUAACUACUUACAUAUGAUACAACGUGUUACGUGUAUAUGAAAUAAUAAUAAUUAAUUAAUUGAUAUUUAACUGUGCAUAA